GGCUCAGGAGAAACUUUAGCGAGUCAGAGCCGCGCACGGGACCGGGAAGGGGACCCACUAGAGGGUCCAGCCGCCAGCCCCCGCACUAGUAGCGGCCACCCCAGCGGCAGUAGCAGCAGCAGCAGCAGCAGCAACACAGCAGCGACAGUUCGGAGUCGGGAGGCCGCGCCACCUGCGGGCCGGCCGGAGCGGGCAGCCCCAGGCCCCCUCCCCGGGCACCCGCGUUCAUGCAACGCCUGGUGGCCUGGGACCCAGCAUGUCUCCCCCUGCCGCCGCCGCCUGCUUUUAAAUCCAUGGAAGUGGCCAACUUCUACUACGAGGCGGACUGCUUGGCUGCUGCGUACGGCGGCAAGGCGGCCCCCGCGGCGCCCCCCGUAGCCAGACCCGGGCCGCGCCCCCCCGCCGGCGAGCUGGGUAGCAUCGGUGACCACGAGCGCGCCAUCGACUUCAGCCCGUACCUGGAGCCGCUGGGCGCGCCGCAGGCCCCGGCGCCAGCCACGGCCACGGACACCUUCGAGGCGGCUCCGCCCGCGCCCGCCCCCACGCCCGCCUCCUCCGGGCAGCACCACGACUUCCUCUCCGACCUCUUCUCCGACGACUACGGGGGCAAGAACUGCAAGAAGGCAGCCGAAUACGGCUACGUGAGCCUGGGGCGUCUGGGGGCCGCCAAGGGCGCGCUGCACCCGGGCUGCUUCGCGCCCCUACACCCGCCGCCCCCGCCGCCGCCGCCGCAGCCGGCUGAGCUCAAGGCGGAGCCGGGCUUCGAGCCCGCGGACUGCAAGCGGAAGGAGGAGGCCGGAGCGCCGGGCGGCGGCGCCGCAGGCAUGGCGGCUGGCUUCCCGUACGCGCUGCGCGCCUACCUCGGCUACCAGGCGGUGCCGAGCGGCAGCAGCGGGAGCCUGUCCACGUCCUCGUCGUCCAGCCCGCCCGGCACGCCGAGCCCCGCCGACUCUAAGCCGCCCCCGGCCGCCUGCUACGCGGGGGCGACGCCGGCGCCCUCGCAGGUCAAGAGCAAGGCCAAGAAGACCGUGGACAAGCAUAGCGACGAGUACAAGAUCCGGCGCGAGCGCAACAACAUCGCGGUGCGCAAGAGCCGCGACAAGGCCAAGAUGCGCAACCUGGAGACGCAGCACAAGGUCCUGGAGCUCACGGCCGAGAACGAGCGGCUCCAGAAGAAGGUGGAGCAGCUGUCGCGCGAGCUCAGCACCCUGCGGAACUUGUUCAAGCAGCUGCCCGAGCCCCUGCUUGCCUCCUCCGGCCACUGCUAGCGCGGCCCCCGCGCGCGUCCCCCUGCCGGCCGGCCUCUGCGCUGCCGGGCGCGCCGCGGCCGCUGAGACUCCGGGAAGCGCCCGCGCUCCCGCCCCCGCCCCUGGUGGCGCCGGCAAAACUUUGGCACUGGGGCACUUGGCAGCGCGGGGAGCUCGUCGGUAAUUUUAAUAUUUUAUUAUAUAUAUCUAUAUUUUUGUCCAAACCAACCGCACAUACAGAUGGGCCGCCCGCCCGUGGUGUUAUUUAAAGAAGAAACGUCUAUGUGUACAGAUGAAUGAUAAACUCUGCCUCUUCUGCCCCCCUCUCCAGGCGCCGGCGGGCGGGCCGGUUUCGAAGUUGAUGCAAUCGGUUUAAACAUGGCUGAACGUGUGUGUACACGGGACUGACGCAACCCACGUGUAACUGUCAGCCGGGCCCUGAGUAAUCGCUUAAAGAUGUUCCUACGGGGUUGUUGCUGUUGCUGUUGUUUUUGUUUUUGUUGUUGUUUUUUUUGGUCUUUUUUGUAUUAUAAAAAAAUAAUCUAUUUCUAUGAGAAAAGAGGCAUCUGUAUAUUUGGGAACCUUUUCCGUUUCAAGCAUUAAGAACACUUUUAAUAAACUUUUUUUUUUUUGAAAAUGGUUAAAAAGCCUUUUGGGGGCAGUAGUUGGCUUUUGAUUUUUUUUCCCUUUAUUUUGGAUUUAUGAUUUUAUAUUUGCUUUUCUGGUGUGUGUAGGGUUGGGGGGGUGUGUGUGUGAGCUGUUACAAUUUUUGGCUUUUUAGUUGGUUGAGUGGGGGUGUUGCAGCUGCUUUUUCUCUUCUGCUACUCCCCACCAGGGCCUGUGCUUGGAGAUGGGGGUACCAGGCCAGGGGUGGGGGAGGGGCAGAGGAGUGCUGGGUCAUGCUUUCAGGGUGACUCAGUGCCCCGGGUGUUGGGGAGGAGUGGCUGGGAAACCUGUUUGGGGAGGGGGUCCAGGGCCUCUGGCUGGUCCUGAGUGCCAGACUUGGGUUUAGAGGGGCGUGGAGGGCUGUGACUUCUGCACAAUGCUUGGAUACCCAAUCAGCAGGCCUGUGACUCUGAAAGAGGAGUGGGUGCAGGUCUUGGUCCUGCUGAGCCCAAGUCAGGGCAGAUUCUUUUGGUAAAUGCAGUGGGGCAGGUUGUUUAAAAAAUAGUAUGUGUGUGUAUAUGUAUUUUUAAGAGAAUAGCUUGGGUGUGUGGGCGGGCUUGUGUUUGUGUGCCCCUGGCCAGCGAGAGGGGAGAAUCUGGGCUAGGUGGGGAGGCGGAGGGAAGGGUUCCUAUACUUCUACUCCUUUCCCUAGGGGUGGGAGAUGUACCACUUGUCCUCUUUGCCCAGUUGUGGACACUGAGGCCCAAUCUCACCUGCUUGCUCAAGGUGGCUGAGCCCAAGCUGCAGUCCCUGAUUCCCUGGGAAAGAAAUGGCCCCUGGCAAGGCUUCUGCUUCCCUGCCCCCUGAUACCCUCCCGCCCCUCUGCACUGCACCUCCACCCCCACUCUAGCCCUGGACGGCAUUCCUGAGAGCUGAGGAUGUAGACGGAGGGGUUAGUGGAUACACGUACAGCGUCCCACGGUGCCUGGCACGCAGGAGGUGUUACAUAAGCGUUUGCUCUUGUUAUUAUUUUUCACUGGGAGGCUCCUGGCAUUUGGCACUUGAGUCUUUAGUACAGCGUGAGUGUGGCCAGCACUUGCCAGGGGCUGGUGUCCAGUAAACCCUGGACCUGCCCCAUCUCAUUUAAACCUCACAACAACUUCUGGAGAGGCUGGUACUAUUAGAAGGCUUGUUUUUAGAGCCGUGGAGCAGACUUUUGGCUGUCACAUCCCUAAACGUGAGAAAUUGGCUUGGGGGUCCGCCUGCCCUAGGAAUUCAUGGGUGGAGGUUGGAAGGGGGAGCCUCAUAGAUUAGUUUGUUGAGGGCAUGGUGUGGCCUGGGAUUUUGGGAGCAGCUGCUGUUACUGUGGCUUGAGAAUGGGGAAUGCUUUUUCCCUCCCUUUCCUUUUGGGGGCCUGGAUGUUCUUUCCCUGUGGGACCCCAGGAUGUGGGGGAUAGAGACACUCAGCCCCCACCAUUAUGUAGCUGAGGAUCAAGGCAAACACCACCUCCCUAACACUAGUGUCUCCCGUUUGUGGCCUGAGGGCUGUACAGAGCACUGGGCAGAAAUAACCUCACUUUGGCUCUGGGCCUCUGGUCUGGCCCUGGAUAGGUCUUCUCGCCUGGAGUGGCCGGGUGGCUGAUGGGAACCUGGAGUCUCAGAGUCAGUCCAGUACCAGCGACAGCAUAUCGGCUCAACUCCCUCUGGGUUUUACCUGCUGAAGGGCAGGGCCUUGGGGGCUGGAUCCUGGGAACGAGGUAGCUCAGUCUUUGGGUGGGGAGGGGGUGUUGCAAUUUAGGAACGGACCUCUUCAAUCCUCACUCUCCUUCUGGUCAUCGAAGGUUGGCUAGUGGCUGCCCCUCACCCAUUUUUGCAUCACGAGGACACAAAGGAGAGAGGGGAGCAACCUGGCCAAAGAGUGACCCCAGGCUUCCCUUUCCUGAACGACGUAGCAGAGCCAGUGUUGAGUGCAGCUCUUCACACACUCCCACCCUGCUGUAAUCUACGUAAGCACCCAGGGAAGUUGUUAACACCUGUUUUCAAAAGUAAACUGAGGCCCAAAAACAGUGGGGUUAGUGCUCAGGUAGGACAAGAGUGGAACCAGUUAGAAAGCUAAGUCCGACCCCCAAGUCUCUGGGGAGAGCUUGGGGCUGAGAGCCUGGUUGGUAAUCCCAGCCCCUCUCCCAAAUUCUGAGCCCCCGCCUGGAGGACUCCUUGCCCCACCCCCAGCUCAGGCACCCCACGUGCCAGAGUUAAGUGACUUGCUGACGGUUUCAGUUUGGAAGUGACAUUAAGGGGACUUGAACUUGAACCCAUCUAACUACUGCUGAAGAGGUCUGGGAGAAAUAGGUAAACAGGUUGAGGGCUCUGAUGGUGGCCUGUGUAGCCUAAUGUGGGAGCACUGUGGACAGAAAUGUGCCCAAAGGACUUGGGGAAACGUCAUAGAUUGGGGGAACACCCACCCUAUGGCUCCACUAGGCUAGGAGGUCUAAAGUCUUGUAGAGUGGAGGGACUAGUCCAUUCAAAAGCUGGGAAACAAGAAAGAGAGCAGGAUGGGGUGAAGCAUGAGGAGGCCAGGGACAUGCCUCAAGGAAUAAGAAUAAUAGUGGAUGCAAGUUCAGUGCUUACGAUGUGCAAACAGCACUCCAAGACCUUGGCACAGAUGGAUUUGCUGGUUUCUUCCAUCUGCCUGGGAAAGCUGGUCAUGUUAACCACAGGCCCAUUUAGUGGGGUUGACCACUGAGGCUAGCUGGGACCCCUAACCUGUUGUUUGCUCAGGACAGGAGAGUUGACAGAACACAUUUACACCUCAUAAUCUUAGGCAAUUGCCUCACAACCUGGUGACUUUACCAAGGAGAAAAGUGGGUGUCAGAAAUGAAAGCUGUAGACACUGCUGGGUGAUGGGCCCUGUGCUCAGGGUGUGCUGGCUCAUCGGUGUCUUGGAGGCCAUGGCUUUCGUUAUUGGCAUUUUCCUCCCAAGCAAGCGGGCUCAGAGAGGGUAAGUGGCCUGUUCAAGGUUGCACAGCUAAGAAUGGUAGAAGUUGGGGUAGGAAAGAGGAGGGGAACUUCCCCAUCUGAACACCUAAAGAAUGUCCUCCUCCCCUAAAGUCCUGUUCAGACCUCCCUGGGACUUUUUUGUUUUUGUUUCUGAGAUUGUUUAUUUGUCCAGUUUUUUUUCAUUUAUUUAACAAGCAUUUAUUGAUAACCUGUUGUGUGCCAGGCCCUAUGCUAGGUGUUGGGGACAUGUGACCAAGAUGGAGGUGACAGUUUAUGGGGAGACACAGACAGUAAAUAUCUAGUAACUGGAACAAGAUAAUGACAGGUGGGGGUGAGGGCUCUGAGGCAAGGAAAGUAGGGCAGGGAGUGGUGGGGAGGUCUGGGAAGGCCUCUUCUAGGAGAUGGCAUCUGAGCAGAGGCCUGAGCCAGGUGAGGUGUGAGGAGGGAAGAGCAUCAGCUUCCUGAGCACUCACUCUACACCAGGCGUCGUGUGUACCUUAUGUGCCUUUUAUCCUUGCGAGAAUCCAAUGACGUGGAUGCCAUGUAUCAUCCCCUCUUCCCUAGUUGGGAAAACUGAGGCACAGAGAGGUGAAGACACUGGCCCAAUGGCUGAUAAGUGACCAGGGUGAGACCUUCUCCUCCUGCCUCCUGCCCCCCAGACCUCUCAUCUGUUCUGUUUUUCUGUCCUGCUCCCACCCCCUUAGUCCUUUCUCAGCCUUUCACCUACUUGGUGACUUGUGAUGGAGUCCCAGUGGCCCCAGCUAGCCGGCCAUGUGGCCAGACCCCACUCCUUGGGAGUUUUCAACCUUGUAUUGGUUGUGGCCAUGGGCAGGGAAGUGAGGGGGGCCAGGGUGGGCUGGGAAAUUAGGGGCUUCUGGGGCUCCAGGCUGUCAGAGUUCGAGUCCCUUCCAGGUGCCCUCUGAGGCCAAGAGGUAGGAGUCGUGUUUCAGAGUGGAGACCUGAGACUCUGAGAAGGGACCUCACUUGCCCAGAAAGAAGAAAAAUUGGGAUCUGAAUCCAGGUCUGUCUGAGACCCAGGCUAAGCCACUUUUCUGUCUACUAGUUACUGUACAUGGGAGAACAGAUGAGCAAACCUCGAUUUUGCACCCUUUGACCCAUCUUUGAGUAAGAUGCAGGGAAAAAAAGCUCUGAGCUUUGUCCCUUACUUGCUUGGUGACAUUGGGCAAGAUGAUUGACCAGUUUGGGUCUGGGCUUCAGAUGACGGAUUAGCAGGCUAAUGUCGGACUAUGAUAAAGGCUUUGGGGAAGUGGUAGAGGGUGACUGGGGAGAGUAUUUAGAGAGCAUUCCAGGCAGAAGAAGCAGCAGGUGCAAAGGCUCUGACAUAGGACCAAGCUCAGUAUAUCACGGAAAGAGUGAGGAGCAGUGUGGCUAGAGUAGAGGCAGCCAGGGGUGGAGUGGGGAGAGGGGGACAGAUGGUGGCAGGGUCCUUCAUGCAAGGCCGUGGAGGCCAGGGUGAGGCUCAGAGAGGUUGUUUUGAGGAUGGAUGAUUGGGUGUUCCUGCCAGGGCUUGGCACCCGGAAAGCCCUUAAGUUUGUCGAUGGGAUGACACAGGCCCCUCGGCCUCAGGAUUAGGCAAAGUGCAAUGGGUGAAGGGGGCAGGGAAGCUGCUUGCCUGGGCCCAGGAGAUCUUGUGGGUGAGGAGCCUCUGACCCAGGGCCUGGAGCCACAGGCAGGAAUGAGGGGAAGGGCAUGCCAGGAGUGGGGUACGGGAGGAGCAAAGGCUGGGAGCCAAGAGAGGGAGAGUUCUUUGGGAAGCAGUGACUGUAGGGGAGAGGGCACUGAGGAGGGAGAGAGGGGAGGCUGGAGAGGGAGGCGGGGCUAGGCCUCCCUGAGGCCUCCGGGUAUGGUAUUAGGCUAUUAUGGGGAAGGUAGGACGCUUGACCCCAGGAAGGGUGUCUUCUUUUUAUUUGAUUUCCUAAGUAGUACCUGAUCAUGGUGGGAAGGUUGGAGAAUACAGAGUAUCAAUAAAAGAAAGGAAUAAAAAGCACCCAUAAUUCUACUACCCAGAAAUAAACCCUGGUUAACUUUCACAGCGUGGCCUUGGGCAAGUCACUUUACCUCUCUGUGCCUUAGUUUCCUUGUUUAUAAAAUGGAAUAAUAAUAGUAUCUUCCUCAUAAAGUUGUUGUGAGGAUUAAAUGAGUUAAUCCAUGUAACAUAGUUAGAGCAGUGCUGGCACACAGUAAGCCUUCAUCAUCAUAAUUAAUAACAUCAUUACUAUCUUGUAGGGUUAAGAGCCCAGAUGCUGGCAUUUAGCUGCCUGUAUUCUAAAUGUCCUGAGGUCACCACUUCCUGGCUGUGUGAUUUGGGGUGUGUGACUGUAUCUCACUGGGUCUCAGUUUUCUUAUCUGUAACAAGAAGAGACUAAAAUUCCUUAUAAUGUUUUGUAAAGAUUUGACAGAUUAAUUCAUGCAGGGUGAUCGUAGAGAGAGACCUCUGUGUGCAGCAGUUAUUUCUUUCCAGAAUUUUUGUUCCACGUGUAUUUUUUCUUCAUUGUAGCUAACGUUGCCUAUUUGAUAUUCACACACCAUCCCCCUUUCUUCCUUAGCAAUGGGACCCCCUAUAGCUGGGGCAGGUGGCAAGUGCUACACAUCCCAGCUUCUCUUACAGCGAUCGAUGACCAAUAAUAUAUAAACAGAGAUUAUAGGUGAGGUUUCCAGGAAAGCUCUUUAAAAUGGGCUGACUCAGCUGUGAGAUAAAUUCCCUUUUGCUUACCCCCUCUGCAAUCACACUCAUCCCCCUGCUUCUUUAUAUUUCCUGCCUGGAAUUCAGAUGAAGUGGCUGGAGCUUCUGGGGCCAUCUUGAACAUGAGGCAAACAUUGAAGCAUGGAAGCCACUGAGAGUGGUGAAAUCAAGAGAUAAAAGACAUUGGGUUCUUGAUGGUGGUGGAACAGCCACACCAGUCCUUGUCUGCCUUGCUCUGGAUUUGUUUACAUGGUAGAAAAAUAAAUCUCUGCUUAUUGAGGUCUCUGUCA